UUAUCCUGUUGUGAAGAUGGUCAUGUGUCCUAAUCCUAAUAUAAUAUAGAGAGAGCUUCACUAACGGCCACACAUGGCCUCCAUCCCCUUCAAACCCCUUCAACCAACUCAAUUCCAAUUCCAACUCCAACUCUAUUCUUCAACGAUUCUACUAAACCCCUUCAAGUUUCAUACUACUCUACCAAGAAUUUCAUCUUCCAUUCAUGUCACUCACGUGGAGACAACAGAGCAAGAAAUUUCACACACCAGAAGAGAUAGUAAAACUAAUAGUAACGAAAAUGGUUCUGGGUUUUCCUCCUUUGCUCCCAAAUAUAAGAGAGUUGAUUCUGGUCAGGAAAAUGGUGCCAAAAGAGUUGUUCUUAGAGACAGAAAUGCAAAAUUGAAACCUAAAAGAAGGACCUCUGAAUCUUCCUCUUCCUCUUCUACUAAUAAUAAGAAGGCGGUGGAGUCAAAGAAGAGUAAAAUUGAUUCUACAUUGAGGAUUGGAUUAGAUAUGUGCUCAAAAAGAGGGGAUGUACUUAGUGCAAUUAGGCUAUAUGAUUUGGCCUUGCUACAAGGAAUAGUAAUGGGACAGUAUCACUAUGCUGUACUUCUCUAUCUUUGUGCUUCUGCAGCUACUGGUCUCAUUCACCCAGCAAAAAGUGGAAGUGGUAGUAGGACUUUGAAUGCUCCCAAUGAACCUUCUUCUCAUAAUAACAGCAACGAGUUUAACGUAAUUGACCAUGAUUCACAUUUGUUGGGCUCUUCCACUGUAGAUGAAUUUGUUCAAUUUAUGAAGAGUAGUGCAAAAAGUUGUAAUUUACAAAGUGUAAGACAUGAUGACAGUGGAAUUAAAGUGAGUGAAGAUGUAAGACAUUAUGCACUUACAAGGGGUUUUGAAAUCUAUGAGAAAAUGCUCUCAGAUAAGGUACAAAUGAAUGAAGCAACCCUUACAUCUGUUGCAAGAAUGGCAAUGGCAUUAGGCAAUGGUGACAUGGCAUUUCAUGUUGUAAAGAAAAUGAAAGAAGAUGGAAUAAACCCCAAACUACGAUCGUAUGGUCCUUCCUUAUCUGUUUUCUGCAAUAAUGGGGAUGUCGACAAGGCAUUUAUAGUUGAACAACACAUGUUGGAGAAUGGUAUCUAUCCAGAGGAACCUGAGCUGGAGGCACUUCUAAAAGUAAGUAUAGACGCUGGUAGGAGUGAAAGGGUGUACUAUUUGUUGCAUAAGCUUAGAGAAGGAAUUCGACAAGUCUCACCUUCUACUGCAGAUUUGAUUGACAAGUGGUUCAACAGCAAGGUAGCUUCAAGGGUGGGAAAAAGAAAAUGGGAUGUAAGAUCCAUACACAAAGCUAUUAAAAAUGGAGGUGGUGGCUGGCAUGGACAAGGCUGGUUGGGUAAUGGAAAAUGGACUGUAUCACGUGCAAUCGUUGGCUCUGAUGGCUGCUGCAAAUGCUGUGCUGAGAAGCUCGUCACCAUUGAUCUUGAUCCCGAAGAAACUGAAAAGUUUGCCAAGUCAGUUGCUUCUAUAGCUGCGCAGAGAGAGAGAAAUUCGAGCUUCCAGAAAUUUCAAAGAUGGCUUGAUUACUAUGGACCAUUUGAAGCUGUUAUUGAUGGUGCAAAUGUUGGUCUUUACAGCCAAAGAAAGUUUAGGCCAUCUAAGGUCAAUGCUGUCGUCAAUGGAAUUCGUCAGAUGCUUCCUUCAAAAAAGUGGCCACUAAUAGUUUUGCACAAUAGACGUAUUACUGGAGAUAAGAUGGAUGAACCAUUCAAUAGAUCGUUAGUUGAGAAGUGGAAAAAUGCGGAUGCGAUCUAUGCAACACCUACUGGGUCAAAUGAUGAUUGGUACUGGCUGUAUGCAGCUAUAAAAUUUCGGUGCUUGCUUGUGACCAAUGAUGAGAUGAGGGACCAUUUGUUUCAACUUCUGGGAAAUGACUUUUUCCCAAAAUGGAAGGAAAGGCAUCAGGUGCGUUUCAGUUUCUCUGAAACAGGUCCAGUGUUUCACAUGCCACCUCCAUGUUCUAUUGUAAUUCAGGAGUCAGAAGAAGGAUACUGGCAUGUACCAAUUGCCUCAGAACUUGAAUCUGAAGAGGAAAGGACGUGGUUGUGCAUUAGGCGUGCCAAUUCACCUAUGGCAAAUCAAGAUUCUUCCACUGUAAACAUAUCCAAAAAUGUUGGUGAUCCCACUCACAAAUGCCCUCCUACGUCAUCAGACCCUCCUCACAACCAGGGAGAUGCAAGGUCAAGCACAAGAAGGAAAAAUCAAGUUAAGGUGACAGGAAAAAGGCAUGGCAGCCAUGGUCAGGGUAAGGAAGCACCUGAAGAGAUAUAUAGAAGUCUUAAAAAUAUAUUACAACCGUCAAUAACCUUAGAUCAUUGUUCUAUUCUUCCAGAACUGAAGGCCGCAGAGGAGUUAGGGAGUUGCGUAGUCGAUUUCCAAAUAUAAUCUCUUUAGUGUGGACUUUGGACCUUUUUGACACAAAAGAUGGUGCAAGCAGCCUCCAUUCCAGUAGGUAUAUAUACCACAUACUUGAACAAGAUCUGUUUAAUUUGGAUCUUUCUGCCAUGUAGAUUAGAUAGGAGUUUUCUGGUAUUAGGGAGGAGAAGAAAUGGGAUGGCAAGGCUUGUCUUGGGUUCUUAUUGUAACAGCACUUUGUAUGAUUUUUGCCAGCAUUAAAGGUAGUUUUAUUAGUCUUUAUGGUAAAUAAUUUUCUUCAA